CUGCCCACCCACACCAAAUUCCAAGAUGUCGUCUGUCAGCUGUCCGCGAGCCGUCAAUCGAAAUAAAUAAAGUGCGUUCGUGUCUCAACCCGUAAUUAUUAAUAGAAAUAAAGUGGAUGAAAAGUUCGUGCGCGUUCAGCAUGUAACAAGCAUGGGCUUUGGCGAAAAUGUCAACGGCCGCAGCGACAUUUCUAGGCACAGUGAGAAUAAAAUGCACUUGUACGCCCCUUCUCUUGGAGAAUUUGGACCGAAUUUCGGUGCUGUUCGCGGCACGACUUGAAGAAGCCCACAGCAAAGACGAGUUUGUCGAUUUCGAAGUGCAUUCGUUGGCCCCCAGCGGAUGCGAACGCGCCCCCAGCGCCGCCGACUUCAUAACCAGGUUGCAGAAAUAUGUAGACGACAUUUGCGGCGAGGGAUGUCAGCGUUCCGUCGCCGGCGAAGACUCCAGCUACGAUUCGGACUACGAAGCCGAUCCGACGCCUAGCCGCCACCAGGAUGUCUCCCGGACCGCCAGCGACACGCUUGCCGCCGAAUACGCCGAGUACGUCGAAACGACGCCGUCGGACGCCUCACCAGGUUACACGGCGCGCGUCGAGUUUGCGCUGAAACUCGGCUACACCGAGAAGCUGGUGCAGGCGGCGCUACAGAAAUUGGGGCCGUCGCCGGCGCAGAACGAACUGCUGGCGGAGUUGAUUAAGUUGGGGGCGCAGAAAGGGGGCUCCUGUGAUAGCAGUCCGUCGGAGAGUACGCUGGACGUGACCGAUGUCCAAGGGGAACAGGCCGGAGGGCAGGCUCUGAGGCCGAUUGUUAUCGAUGGGAGCAAUGUUGCGAUGAGCCACGGCAACAAGGAGAUAUUCUCAUGCCGCGGCAUAAAAAUCUGCGUGGAUUGGUUCAAAUCACGCGGCCACAAAGACAUCACCGUCUUCGUGCCGAAAUGGCGCAAAGAAGCCCCCCGUCCCGACAACCCCGUCCGCGACCAAGACAUUCUAGCCGAACUGGAAAAAGAAAGACUGCUCGUAUUCACCCCAUCGCGUCUCGUCGGCGGCAAACGCAUGGUCUGCUACGACGACCGCUACAUCCUCCGGCUGGCAGCCGAAGUGGACGGCAUCGUCGUCAGCAACGACAACUACCGCGACCUCUGCCAAGAAAGCGCCGAGUUUCGCAAAGUGGUCGAAGAGCGCAUUCUCAUGUACAGCUUCGUCAACGACCGCUUCAUGCCCCCCGACGACCCCCUGGGGCGCUCCGGCCCCACCCUAGACAACUUCCUCCGAACGCAGCCCAAAAAAGGGGACCCCCCGCCCCCUUGUCCCUACGCCAAAAAGUGCACAUACGGCAACAAAUGCAAGUACCACCACCCCGAACGCGGCCCCUUCCCGCAUAAAAGCGUAACCGAACGGCUGUCAGAACACGCACAAAGACACCUCCAAGCGCGCGAAGGCGACAUCCGGAAAACCCCCUUGGGGCGCACCCGCUCCAACGUGCCCCCACCCAAAGAAGUGCAACAUGUCGUGGUGUCGAAAAGCCGCAGUGUGGAUAAUGUGGGGGCUGCGCCCCCCCAACCUGAGAACCUCCACCGGAAGCUCCAAAGACAACUGACACUAAACCCGGCGUCUGAUCCGAGAUUGGUGCGGCGGUACGUGGCCCCACAGCCCCCUUACAUGAACUGGGACAUGCACCAGCACGUGACGCGGAUUGCGUCAGCUCCGGAUUCGUACAGGCCGUGGCCCCCGGCAGCCCCCACGCAUCGACAUAUGCAAAGAAUGUCGAGUUGUUCCGAUCCGCAGUUGAAUGUUUGGCCGCCGUUGUGGUCGCAAGGGGGCCCACCACCGCCCCCUACACUGCAGGAGGAUGCGCGCAGGAAAUUGCACUAUCAUCUAGCGGCGAUUUUUCCCGAAGAACAAGUCACACAAGCGAUGAGGAUGUAUCCGGAUGAGACGAAUCCGCAGAAGAUUUGCGCGGCGAUUUUAUCAAUGUUUCCCAAAACCUAAUUGGAUACUUCUAUGGGCUUAUGUGAGAUUAAGCGUAUACGAGGUUUGGUCAGUUAUUAUCUAAACGCAAUGGAUUUACGAUGAGGUGUAGUUUAGAUUGUCCAAAAUAACUUCAUAUUGAAGAAUUCAGAGUAAUGAUAGAGAAACUAAGUAGGUUAUUACUAAGAUACGAGAUUCUGUUGGAGACAGAGGAACUUUUAUCUACGAGGAGACAAAAUAACACGACUUUCUGUCCUCAAAAAUUUGUGGGGAAUAACGUUUUGAAUUUAUUUAAUUUCAGUCAGUUCCUAAUUGUGUGGAAAAAAUGCAGAAAUGUAGAGCAUGAAAUUCUUAACAAGCUAAGAAAAAAUAUUAAAAUUUAUACGUUAAUAAUGAGAAUAUACUUGUUUACGUAGUCAGUUAUGCAAAGACCGAUUUUGUUUAACGAGCACAAUGUUUGCCAAAACGAGUGCGCGCAGCGAACAAUUUUUUCAAAUUGUGCAAGCUGUUAGCUGUUUCAAAACUAUAAAAACUCCAACAUCACAUUUUCUCUCUAAAUUACCUGUUAUAAAUUAUUCACACACUUCAAAAAAAUAAUAGCUAUUGUAAUUUGUACUUUCAACGAGAGAUCUAAUCAUUAAUAACAAUUUUACAUUCUUAUGAAUAAAAAAAUUAUUUGGUAAAAUGCGACGUUGGCGUUUUUAUAGUUUUGAAAUAGUUAAUAAACACUAACAGGCUUUUCAUAAUGUAUUACGAACAAAUUAUUUUCUAAUUCCGUCGUAAAUUAAAAAAAAAUUCCAACGGUUUUAUUGUUUUAAGAGUAAACACCUGACAGUGAGCUACGUAAUAAGUGGCAGUAUAUCACGUCAUAAUUAGAUGUAAAAUUUGGUAACGGAGUUAGGAAAACAUAUAAAAAAUUUGCGUCCUGUCCAAUAUUAAAGAUACAAAAAAUGCAACAAAUAAAGGUAUACAAAAUUAAAUACACUUUUUGGAAUGGAAAACUAAUCUUUUCGCGAGUCAAGUCGAAUGCGAUACACUUUUAACUUUUACAAAAGUUGUAGCUUUUUAUCUGCUAAAAAGAAAUUAUUUUGAAAAAUUUUGACUAAGAUAUGUCGAAAAUGGUACAGUUUUUGCAAUUCUUGUGAUAAUGAGUAAAUAAACUAAGUAAAAAAGGAAAAAACGAUUCUACUUUUUUACUCGAUGUUUACUCAGAAAAAUAAUUAAUUCUAGGAAUUUCCUUAAAAUUUGAGAAGUUAGACGAAAUUUUUGCUUUUAUCGAAUGUUUUUUAAACUAAUUGCCCAGUUUCUGAGUCGAAAAAUUACGAAAUUUGGGCGAAAAUUAAGUUUUUUUAAUUGAUAAAAUACGAGUUGUUUUGUUUUUUUUUAAUUUUGGUCACGUAUUUGGGCUAAAAACAUGUGUUUUUGAGAAUUUUAGUAUCUUUUUGAUUAAAAAAAGCAAUUAUUUUGCAAAAUUUUGGGAAAAUUUGUCGAAUGAUUAUUGAUUACCAAUAUCGAUCGAAAAUUAUAAUUUUUGUAGUUUUUCAACGUUUCAACAAUUUUUGAACAAUGUUUUUUUCGUGCGUUUUAACAGAUUUUUUUGAGUGAAAUUAAUUGUUGAGCGUUUUUGGUCAGUCAGUUUUUACUCAGAAAUACGAUUAAUUCGAAUAAUUCGUCAAAAGUUUAUUCGAAUUAGGUAGAAACUGUAAAAGUGCUUGAUGAAGUGAUUGUCAAAAAAAAUUCUAAUAGACAUACAUUAUUUAAUAAGUGCUUUAAAAAGUGUAACGAACUAAGUUGUAGCGAAUUAAAUUUCCUGCAAAGUAUUUGCGACGCAACACCAUAACUAUCUUCAACAGUUUAGGCUUAAAUUAAUUUUCCAAUUUUUGAACAACUAAACCGACCUAAUUCGUUUAAUAUAAGGCAAAAACAUGCUUUCGCGGAUUUUUUUAAUGUUCUUAAAUUUUCUUAUUUCUUUAACCCUACUCGCAGUUUUUUGAAAAUAUGAGGCGAUGUGCUUUUUUUAAUGUAAUUUUCGAUAUUUUUUGUAUUACCAUUACUCUUACAAUGGUGAAUUUAAUGCUCUACCUGUCUGAUUUUUUAGUUUGAGUUGUUCUCACUGUUUUAUUUAAUUCAUUGUUCAACUCGCCAUCUGGUGGCGCUAAUAGAUCAUUAAGAACAGGAACAUUUAUUUGACUUUGAAAAUGUUCCUUGUCAUAAAUGGAUAUUUUAGUGUCAACUUGACAGUAAUCUGACACUAAAUCUGCCAAAUAUGCCGAUGUCCAUACUUUUGUCUUUGACGGAAUCCGUAUCCUAGUUACUAAGUAGGAAUAACGCUUUCAAAGGAAUGUGGUGUCAACCCCUCUGUUUUUAUCAUGUCAAUAUAAUUAUUAAUCAAUAAGUUGAUACUAUGUAUCUCUAGUAAAAUUGUUGCAAUUUUGUAUUAUAGUAUAGUAUAUUGGAAAUUUGAUUCGUAUAGUCAUACAAGUCAAAUUUGAUACUAACCCAGUAUCAAUUCAAGUAUUGAUAUCGUAACUUGACGAAUACUCAAUAGAGAACUUUCUUGUAUCAUUGAAAAUGAAUCUGGAUUCGUUGUGAAUUGUGAUGCUUAAGAAUAGUUUUGUUUUUCUAGAGGCAAUUUGUUAUUAAAUUAACCGUACUAUAGACUGUUGCGUCGAUGUUGAUGUAUGCACGUUAAGUGUCUUUUUUUAAGUAAAGCUGCAUAUUGCA